AUGGGAGCACACGGCGAGCCUGGCUUGCGACAACUGAAUCCUGUUCCAUCGCCCGAGUCUCUUACAGCCCAGAUGCUUGACUUACUCCUCGACAUCUCCGACUCAGAUCGAGCAUUCAUUCCUUUCUCCUCAUCCUCAUUCAAAGACACUUCAUCCGCAUCCCCCAACAAAGACAACGAAGUCGUGAUAUUGCUUAACUCACUUGGCAGCACGAGCGACGAGGUGCUUGCACGUUUCGUCGAGAUAGCAAUUGCGGAUCUGACCAAACGCGGAUUUGUGGUUAGAAGGGUUACUCUGGGUCCUCUGGUGACGAGUUUGAAGAUGAGUGGAUUUGGCAUUACGGUCUGGCGGUUGCCGCCUGUUAGUGGAGAAGCGAUGACUAGGGAUGUGGCUUUAGAGCUUUGGGACACAAAGGUUGAUGUUGCUGCUUGGAGACAGUAG